UCUGAGUGAUCGCUCUGCCGGUGCAAAAGUAGACGGAUGGUUCGUCUCGGAGAUGGAAGAUCGAACCGGGCAGCGACGGUAAAGAAUCAACACCUGUUUCGGCUUCGGUUGGCUCGAUUCUCUGUUCUCGCCCUUUGAAUGACUCGGUCCGGCCCUCUCCAUGCCCCUCCUUCCUCCCUUCCUCUUUCUUUUUAUUCUAGAUUGUGCCCAAGCAAAAUGACGAUGACAAUGAUGUUGUUGUUGUUUUGAUUGUGGAUUGAGUGGAGAUGGAGAGAGAGGGGCAAAGGGGAGAAGAAACAUGACAGACAAGCUUGUCAAAAGCCGGCAUGUGAAACAAUGCGCGCACGCAACACAAACCAAACAGGAGUCGAGAAAAUCAAAAUCACAAUAUCAACAUACUACACAGCUGUGUUCUAGAAAAUUACCACAGAAGGAAAAAAGGUCUUGGAACGAAACAAGAAAAAAAAAAAAAAGCAAGGUCAAGAGCAGCUUCCACUCACCAUGCGCAAAUAAAAUCCUCAAGAUGCAAGUACGUAGGAGAUCCAGCAGUAAGCAAGGGGUUGAAAGGCACCACAACGCGCGUUCAAAGGUCAAUAUGACCAACGGUGCAGAUGCAAAGAGGAUUAAAUCGCUCAGCCCUGACCGAGGGAAUUUGAUAGAUCGCAGAGCUUAUGUCGGUUGCAGAAUGCAGAAAGGCAGCAGAAGUCCCGUUGUCGUCUCAUACAGGGGAACAGAACGCGUGAAGGGUUCCAAUAUCGUUCCAAGAGAAGCUCCCCAAAGAAAAAAGGGUUCUUUGCCAGACGAGUGCUAUCGCAUGCCAAUUAACAAGAACUACUCUGGAGAAUGGUGAAUUUGUGAUUGCAAACUCGUUAGAAGCGCCCUCGAACGGGGGCCUCGAGCAGCCUUUUGUAUGGAUCGCGGCCCUGUUUCAUCCUACAGCAAAGCUCUGAUCCAAACCAUCCCACCAGUUUUGGCUGAAGCGGUUAGAAGAGGGAGUGACAAGCGGGUUCGUAUGGAGGUGUGCU